AGUCAUUGAACUUUUUUUUUCUUUCUUUUAUAGUUUCAUGGCUGCCCCUGCUUUUGUGCUCUCUCUCUCUCUCUCCCCUUAAACUUUUUCUUCCUAACUUCCUAAUACCUUUAUAUUAAUCUGUUAACUUUCCAUUGGAAAUCAUUUUGAGGUGGUUUUUGUUUUUCUCUGUGAGGUUCCUUGAACACACAAGAGUUGUUUUGGUCACUCUCCAUAUCCUAGCUAGUACUAUUUAGAGAGGGUCUCAAAAGGCUCAAUUGGGUAUGGGAAAAAUUCAGUCUUGAUUGCUUCAAGAUUAAGACUUUUUUAUUGAGGAGACAAAAGGGUUUUCUGGGUUUUCAAGGAAUUUAAUGGAAAACAUUUUGGGAGAUCAUGAAGAUCAGAUGGAUUUACCACCUGGUUUUAGAUUCCAUCCAACUGAUGAGGAGCUUAUCUCUCACUAUUUGCACAAGAAGGUCCUUGACACCAACUUCUCUGCUAGAGCUAUUGGAGAUGUGGACUUGAACAAGUCUGAACCUUGGGAAUUACCAUGGAAAGCAAAAUUGGGGGAGAAAGAGUGGUACUUUUUCUGUGUGAGGGAUAGGAAAUACCCAACUGGUUUGAGAACAAAUAGAGCCACUGAAGCUGGUUAUUGGAAAGCUACAGGCAAAGACAAGGAGAUUUACAAAGGAAAACCACUUGUUGGGAUGAAGAAAACCCUAGUUUUCUACAAGGGUAGAGCUCCUAAAGGGGAGAAAACCAAUUGGGUUAUGCAUGAAUACAGAUUAGAAGGCAAAUACUCUGUCCACAACCUCCCCAAAACUGCCAAGAAUGAGUGGGUGAUUUGUAGGGUAUUUCAAAAGAGUGCUGGUGGGAAGAAAACCCAUAUUUCAGGAUUGAUGAAUUUAGGGUCUAUUGGGAAUGAUUUGAGUACUAAUUGUGGUCUACCACCAUUAAUGGAUUCUUCCUCCUCACCUUCUAGUGGUGGAAAGACCAAACCACAGGCCAAUUUGGCUUACGUGCCCUGCUUCUCCAACAACAACCAAAUUACUAGUAUUCAAAGAAACCAAGAAUACCCAACUCCCUAUUUCAACAACUCUCACAUUUUCCCUAGAAACAUCCCAGUCUCCAAUUCACUCUAUCCCUCUCAAUCCAGCCCAGUUUUGGCAAAUUUGGGAUACCCACCAAGCUCAAUUUUGAUGCAAGAUCAGUCAAUUUUGAGGGCACUGAUUGAGAACCAAGGGUCCAAUAAUCUCUUGAUGCAGUGCUUCAAAACAGAGAGGGAUAUGGUCAGUGUGUCCCAAGACACAGGCCUCACUAGUGAAUUGAACAAUGAAAUCUCAUCAGUUAUGUCAAAUCUUGAGAUGGGUAGGAGGCAUCAUCAAGAGGCACCACCACCACCAUCUUCUACCUCAGCUGGCCUUGUGGACCUUGAUUGUUUGUGGAAUUAUUAGAAGAAGAAUUAAGAUGAUGAUGAUUAUCUUGAUGUGGGUCUUCGUUGUAUGGGUUCUCUAAAUCUAUUGGGUGUAAUUGAAGCAUAUUGAUAUAUGUUAUGUACUAUUGUGACUUUGUGAGAGUUUAUUAUAUAUAUAUAUAUAAAAAAAAGCAUAUAUAUUAUGUAUU